CACUAAACAAAAGCAGUACCAAACCUGACCUACAGAGUUCCUUGUCACCUUCUCGGCGGAAGUGAUGCAUGACGCUCUGACGUGUCCGGAAACUCGCCAUCUCGAGGCAGAAAAAAACGCCUUGAACUUAAGGAGGAAACUUGAACUUGAAAAGGUUGUCUGUCAAACAUGGGCAACAUAUUUGCAAACCUCUUUAAAGUCUUCAGCAAGAAGGAGAUGCGAAUUCUGAUGGUGGGUCUCGAUGCUGCGGGAAAGACGACGAUUCUGUACAAGAUGAAGCUGGGGGAAAUUGUCACCACCAUCCCGACGAUCGGUUUCAAUGUUGAAACUGUGGAGUACAAGAAUAUAAGUUUCACAGUUUGGGACGUCGGUGGGCAAGAUAAGAUUCGACCUUUGUGGCGCCAUUAUUUCCAGAACACACAAGGUCUGAUCUUUGUGGUAGACAGCAACGACAGAGAGCGUGUGAAUGAAGCGCGAGAGGAGCUGAUGAGGAUGUUGGCUGAGGAUGAGCUCAGGGAAGCGGUUCUGCUCGUGUUCGCCAACAAACAGGACCUACCGAACGCCAUGAACGCUGCAGAAAUCACAGACAAGCUGGGGCUGCAUUCGCUCCGGCAAAGGAACUGGUACAUUCAGGCCACCUGCGCCACAAGCGGCGACGGCCUCUAUGAAGGACUCGACUGGUUGUCCAGUCAACUGAAAAAACAGAAAUAAUGACCUCACUGUACUGAUCUUCCUUCGUUCGAUAUUCUCAACACUUGCUUUACUCUUUUAAACAAACGGCUCAUUUCAAACCCCAUUAACACAGAAGAAUAUGGCCGUACAGCAUGAAGAACACUGUCAAAGUGUUGCUUUCUUGUUUUAAUGUAAAUAGUUUUUGUUGGGAGACAGCUCUUUGAGCACCUUUAUCCAAAAUAGAUUUAGUCUUUUUUUCCCGUUCUUAUUGUUCGAGUCAUUGGAGAGAGUUUUAAGAACGGCGCUUCUGCAAACUCUGUCAGGACUCAUUUGAAUUUUGCACAUGAAUUAUUUUAUUGUGCUCAUAAUAGAUGUACUGUAAACGAAGCUGUUAUGUUUGUCUUGAACGGAGUACAGGAAAUCAGACACUACCUGCACAUAUAACGGUUCAGUUUUGAGGAAAACAAACCAAAAACGAUCACACUGUAAUCUCAGCGAAGGCUGAAGUGACCUCUAGCUUUACUGUCAUGAUGCUUUAGGAGCCACAGAACAUAUUUUUCUGUUAUGAGAUUCCCAAAACACAACAGAUGUUUCGUUGUGAGUUUGUGGGAGAAAUGUUGGUGUGGCUCAGGUUAGUCAAGGUUUGUAGUAGGGUAGAGUAAAACAUUUUUAAGGGUACUGUUUCAUGAAAACAAUGUGACAAUUUAAAUGGAAUUGUUUUACAAAAAUAGGCAUAUUUAAAAAAUAUUUCUAUAUGCAAAAUAAUGCAUUUAUUUUAUUUUUGGGUGACUGAAACAUUGGUUUUACAUGCAUCCAUGUUGUUUUGACGCACUGUUUAAGUGUUACUUUCUAUUUCAUAUUUUGGACUGUUGUGCAUGCAUAAGUUAUUUUUCACACCAAAACUAUCUGUGGUGCCUUUACGGUAAACAGACUUGCGUUUCAGAUUAACAAACUUCCUGGUCAAUUUUAGGGAUGGUGGUUUAAAAGUGACUUUAUUAUUUAUCUUUUUCUCUCUCUUUCCCAAUUAGCCUCUAAUUUGGUAGACACUGAUUACUUUGUGUUAAAAUGAUGUGAAUCUCUUAGCAAAUUGUUUUAUAGUGUGACUCUUAACCUAUGUUUUUUUACAUUUUGACAGAAAUGCACUGUAAUUAAAGAUGGUAUAACUGGA